AGUCUUCGGCGUUUCGUUCGCCAGUCAUCGUCGGAUCCGUCUCUCUGGGUCCUCUGAUAUCUCGCGCGAGGAUGUGCAAGUCUUAGUGCGCAAUUCAUCGUCCGAAGAGAACCUUCAGAAAUCUGUGAAUGAUAAAUAACUAUUCAAGAAUCCAGAGAAAGUAGCGACGAUCGCUGAUUCGCCAUCGGAUUCGAGAAAGUUGUAUAUCGCUUUGCGCGAUAUGUCGGGGACUCAAGUGACAUUUUCGCUUCUAUUUCUGAACUAAGCUCGUUCGCUGCAACGAUUGACCGGAACAUUUGAUCGGAAUAGUAAUGUGCGGAAAAGGGUAUCAAGUCGAUACCAAAAAAUAUAUUGCAGCUCGUUUAUUAGUGAAAGCGCAGUGAUCGAAAAAAUUAAGUGGAAAAAAUGCACAGAGAGAAGACAGAACCAGAGCGAAUUCGCGCGAUUGAUAAGAGGAAUCAUGGCAUAAAUAGAUAAAUAAUAAAUAUAAUAGCGAUAAGAGCAAUGACAUUUGUGACGCAAGGAUAACCAGUGACUUUAUCAGCUCGAUAUCGGUCCGGAGUCUGGUUAUCACAGUUUCCUUUAAUGAGGGUUUAUAUAUAGAGAUUAGAUGGAUGGUAUGUGUCAAGACUAAAGGAGAGUGAUUUUUGUGAAUAUCGAGACGAGUGAGAUCGCGGCGUGGAUCGAAUGAGACACGUAUCGAAUGGAGUGACGCCGGGAUUUCUCGCAGAUCAUCAUCGUCGUGGAUCAUCGAUGUAGCGCGAUGUCGGUCUGGUUGCCUGUCCUGGCGGCGACGCUGUGCCUCUGGAUGAGCGCUGAGAGUCAGUUCAGCGACAAUACACCGCCCAUAAUGUGGCUGGAUCGGAACUGGGUGCUUCCGGACAACGAACCCGUAGGAAGCAUCGUGACCAGGGUCCGCGCCGAGGACAACGAGCAGGACACGCUGACCUACGGUCUGGAACCGCUCGGGCACAAUUAUAAUGGGGACGACAGCCCGCAGCCGCCGUUGCCCUUCUUCAUCGACAACAGCACCGGUACCGUCUUUCUCAACGAGACUCUCAAAGGAAGGGGAGGCCAGAACCUGUUCCUCUACGUGACCGUUUCCGACGGUCAGCUCACGGCAAAGACCGAGGUUUACGUCAACAUCAAGAACGCAUCGGCACCGAAUCGGGGAAAGACAAGGACACCAUUUCCGAAUCAGCACGGUUCCGGCGGCCGGAUACGACCGCCCUUCCUCAGUUUACCAAAUCUACCAAGCUUCCCCUCACCUUUGCCUCCUUUGCCGCCGAAGCAGUAUCAUCCUGAAACCACGAAACUCGAAUUGGAGAAGACAAAAUCCAAGGAGAACGACAACAACGUCAGCGGCAGUACUGAUGGCACCAUCACGGAGGAGAACGUCCAGGUGAACGAGGUGGAAGGUCCUGCAUUGAGCUCGAAAGUCGCACCCUCCACCGCGCCACCCUCCCAGGAUAUGGCGAUGACUCUGGUACCGGUGGUAGCCGGAUGCGCUCUUGUCGUGGGCCUUGGCAUGGGCGCCUGGUCGCUGAGGAACAGAUUUUGCAUCAGUCGCAAAUCCAAGGCGGACACGAAAGAACAGGCGUCAGUCAGCGUCUCUAAUCUAUCCGACGAUCCUUCUCUCAUUCUGAAGAGGUGGCGAGGUCCAAAGGCUCGCAGCAAUCGUUACCAGCCAUGGGAGAAGGAGUCUCAAGCAGGCAUUCAGAGCAAACAGGAGGAUAAGUGGGAGUUUCCGAGGCAUAGAUUGAAGGUCUUCAACAUCCUUGGCGAGGGUUGCUUCGGCCAAGUGUGGAAAUGCGAGGCUCUAGACAUCGACGGCAAGUCCGGCGCCACGAUUGUAGCUGUGAAGACUCUAAAGGAGAAUGCUACCGAACGAGAACGGCUGGACCUCGCGCAGGAAUUGCGGGUCAUGAAGAACCUAGAUCCUCAUCCCAACGUGGUGCGGCUCCUGGGAUGCUGCACCGAGCGCGAACCCAUGUUCGUCAUCUUGGAGUACGUAAGUGGCGGCAAGCUGCAGAGUUUCCUCAGAGCCUCCAGGGAAGAAAGGAAUCAUGGAGGCGCAGGAUUGACCUCCAGGGAUCUUACUGGAUUUGUGUAUCAGAUCGCCAAAGGUAUGGAGUAUCUAGCGUCGAAAGGCAUCAUUCACAGGGACUUGGCCGCCAGAAACAUCCUGAUCGACGAGAAUCGCGCGUGCAAGGUAGCGGAUUUUGGCUUUGCCAGAGAUGUGGCGGCCAAUCAGAUUUACGAGAGAAAAUCCGAGGGUAGACUUCCGAUCAGGUGGAUGGCACCCGAGAGUCUGUACGACAAUAUAUUCUCCGUCAAGUCAGACAUCUGGAGCUUCGGUGUGUUGAUCUGGGAAAUCGUGACCUUGGGAUCGACACCAUAUCCCGGACUAGCCGCCGCGGAAGUAAUGCGAAGGAUUAAAGAGGGCUACAGAUUGGACAGGCCUGAGCACUGUAAAAGAGAGCUCUAUAAUAUCAUGUAUUAUUGCUGGGACAAAGAUCCGGCGUGCAGGCCGUCCUUUGCCGAACUUGUUAGCCUGACCGAAGGUUUACUGCUCGACGAAACGGACUAUAUCGAGCUCGAUAGGUUUCCAGAUCACUCGUAUUACAAUGUACUCAAUCUCAGCGGAGAAAAAUUGUGAAGUUUGUGAUGAUCAUUAACGUUGUUGUCACUUUCGAUUUUUGUUGAAUAGAUAAUGCGUUUUUGCAAUUAACAUUAUAAUUUAAUUGAACGGAUUUUUAUCGCAUUAUGUAUAACGGAUAUAAUGUAAAAGAUUUCAAACUAAAUUAUUAGAUUGAUUUCGAUAAUUUAAAUCUUUUUAGCCGAUUAUUAAAUUAUAUUCAUAUUUCGAUUGACCGAAAUAUUAUACUAUAUUUGAUAUGUCUUUGCUCGAAGAACGACUUGAGAUAGAAUUUUAAUAUUUUCGCUUGUUACAGCGUAAGACUGUUUGAUUGUUUUGUUAAAUACUCACGCGUGUGUACAUAUGACACGAUUUUGUAUGUUAUAAAUAUAUAAUAUAAACGCGCAAUCACUUCCAGGAAAAAGAAAUCUGUGUAUAAUCAAAUAUAAAUAUGUAUAAUUAUAUAUAUUUAUAUUUGAUUAUAAACGAAAUUUUUUUUCUUCUCCGGAACGCUUAUACAAAUUGAAGGAAAGUAUUUACAAAUACUUCAAUCACUAUUCAUUCCUAUCGACAUGAAUUUGUAUAUAUGUACUGAGUUAAAAUAUUGUUGUAAGUUAUUGUGUAUUUCCUCUCCUCUUCUUGUAAGAAUAAAUAGAGUGAUAUAUAUGUA